AGAUUUUCACAAACAAGCUUCCUUAUACUGAAUUUAAGACGUACCUCCAGGUUAGUUACUAACCUACCAACAGCCGAAUAUCACAAUGUCAAGUCCUCAUGAAAAGUUCUUCUAUGAUGUCUAUAGUGUUCUAAGUCAGUGGGAGUUUAUAAUUCUUCGCAUCCAGACAAUACUUCUGUGGGAGCGUAUAGUCCCAAGUUUUGUUUUCACAGCAUUUGUACACCUUGUGUUCUUCAACUUCAGUACACUGUUUAUUUUCUGUCUGGCGUUGUUUCUUGUACUAUUAUGCAACCUCUUACAACCUCUAAUGGCAAAGCUUUUUGAUGAUUCUAAGCCUUCACCUGGUUCAUUCUCAGAACUUGUUACCAUUUGCCUGGAAAAUGGGAGCAUCAUGUCUGCUAUUGAUCUUAGCCAUUGGAUAUCUAGCUGUCUUUAUGGUGUACUUAAUAUUGCAAAUAAACUUGCCCCGUGUCAUCGAAAUCAUCCUUUCUCGUUUUUCAUUAUUUCAAGCACUGCCAGCAUUGGAUGUAUCAUACUUAGCCUGUAUGUUUCUGGCGUCACUUUAGCUUAUAUAACUCUCAAUAUUUGUCUAAUUCCUACCAACUCUAAUCCAUCAUCGUCACGUAUUGAAGCGGAAUUCGAUAAAAACCCAUCUGGAAUCCUCCGGAAGAACGUGAUGCUGGUGAACGAGAAAUCUACUGAGCCAAUUGUUGCAGCUGCAAAUGCUGCAAGUUCUUCUGUAUGCCCUGUUGGAUUUCCAACAGAUCUACCCAUAAAACAAGAAUCUGACGAAGUAGAAUCAGAUGAAUUAGAUAAUUCUGAAGCUGUGUUUAUCAAACAAUUUGCUUCAGAAUUAUCUAAUUCAUCUGAUUCUACUUCGUCAGAUUCUUGUUUUAUGGGUAGAUCUGUUGGAAAUCCAACAGGGCAUACAGAAGAACUUGCAGCAUUUGCAGCUGCAACAAUUGGCUCAUAG